ACCGGACUGUAAUAAAUAUCUACUAUAAAUACUAUGGUAUGUGUGAAUUAUCUGCUGAGCAUACUGAAAAAGAGAUGUAUCCCCAAGAGUGAGCACUUCUGAUGAUAUGAUAUAUACAUGCUCUGCCCAAGGAUAUAUUUCAUGAGAUUUUCUUGCUACAGGUGGCGCGCAUGUCCUAGAAAUGGUCAAUGCUGAUGUAAACUUGUAAAUGGUAAAUCUAAGCAUUUUAUCGAGAAAAUUCGGAACGCUUAAGUAAUACCAUUAUAUGUGAUUCAUUUCUUUAUAUUUAUAAUGAUCUGUUAGAAACACAAUACGUAAUCAUAUGUUUGCUUCGUCUAUCGAUCCGAGUGUAAUAAGAAUUUCCGCGAUAACGCCGCGGCUUCCGGUACCUAAACACAAGUGCACACGUUUGCGUUUUUGCAAUGUGUACACGUUUGUAGUCUACCCCUUCUGUAACAUUAUUAUUGAAAGUAAAUUAACAAGAUCUGUUAGAUUUUUCAGUGGAACUUGUAGUUAUUACACACAGAAAGCGUUUUAUGGUUGCUAUAUAUAUACCCUGGAAUUUGCUAAUGCUUUAUACGGGUUUGGUACCACGUUAACGCAAAUCUGCUGAAGAAUCAACCGGUACCGGCCAAUUUCCAUUUUUAUUUUAUGCUGGUUUUCUAUAUCUACCACUGCUAGCAUAUAAUACUUCGGCAAAGACAUUUGUGCGAAAUGGGCGCUUUCUUCAGUAUUUUCAAAAACCUGUUUGGUAGCCGGGAAAUGAGAAUAUUAAUCCUUGGCCUUGAUGGUGCUGGAAAGACGACGAUACUCUACAGGUUACAAGUAGGCGAGGUCGUCACGACAAUUCCAACGAUUGGAUUCAACGUAGAACAAGUUACCUACAACAAUCUAAAAUUCCAGGUGUGGGACUUGGGCGGCCAGACAAGUAUAAGACCCUACUGGAGAUGUUACUAUUCCAAUACGGACGCUAUCAUCUAUGUAGUUGAUUCCGCAGACAGGGACCGAAUGGGCAUCUCAAAGCAAGAGUUGGUCGCCAUGUUAGAGGAGGACGAACUGAAGAGCGCGAAGCUGCUAGUGCUCGCGAACAAACAGGACGUCGACGGCUGCAUGAAGGUCACGGAGGUCGCCGACGCUCUCGGGCUCAACAUGCUGAAGACGCGGACGUACCAGAUCUACAAGACAUCUGCGAUAAAGGGGGAAGGUCUCACAGAGGCGAUGGACUGGUUGGCAAAUGCUUUACAGAACAAACAGUAGCAACGUAAUCACCUUGAAUGUUCUGCGUCCAUUCUCUUCAUAACAGUUUUGAAAUGUCGGCAACAGGUAGAGCCACCAUGUAGCUGGGCGCGGUGUUGAUUAACUUUCUCGAGUGAGUGAUCUCCGAUGGUGUAUUUUAACAUGUGCUGCUGCAGUCUGCAGUGUGAUUCCAGCAGCCGGUGGCAGUCUCAAGUCACUCGUUGCAGAUGGCCUGAAUAGUUUGUUGCAGAUUUUACUAUGAUUAUUUUUGAUGAUUAUAUCAAGUGGAACAGAAAGCAUGGGAUCAACAACGAGUAAAAGAGGAGAUAGAGUGUGUCUGAGAGAAAAAUGUUCGAGAUGA